CCGGUGCUGAGGAGGGAAGAUGAGCUCAGCGCGCGCUGGGGGGCAGGUAACGUCAGCAGUCGGCCGGAGCAGGGAAAGACGCAUCCCGCGCCCUCUGCUCGGCUUGAAAUGGGAUGAUAUGGGAUUUUUCAUGUCGACGAAGAGCGGAGGGAUUCUUGCUUUUGCCCUGGUAUUUCUGUCCUUGAUGAUGUUGCCAGGAGACUCAGAUGCAGAGGUGAACUGUGAGAACAUUUAUAAGGACUUUUCUGAUUGUGUCCUGGAGCUUGGAGAGAGCAUGGACAAUUAUCAGGAGAACGUGACCAGCGAGAGGGGAGUGGAGGCUGUAUGCAGCCACUGGGAAGCUUUCCACACAUGUGCCCUCACAGCGCUGUCCGACUGCCAGGAGGAAGUCAGCUCCAUCUGGGAAACUCUAAGGCAAGACUCCAUGAAGAUGCGCUUCCAGGGAAGUCUGUUUGACCUGUGCAGUCCCAGCUCCUCGCCCAGCAUAAGUUUUCCUCUUGCUGCCCUCACCCUGCCAGUGAUAGGGCUGAUCAUGACUUGGCCCAACUGAUACCUUGUAUAGAUGGGGUGAGGUGAGGGUGAGGAGAUGGGAGGGGUAAGGAGAAGGGCCUCAAAUUCCCUUGGGUUCAUUUCUCUUGAGUUCUAACUCAAAGCCAAGGAUUUAAGUGGGACAAGUGUUUUAAUAAGGAUUAUUUUGACACCGAGCCACAGAGUUCUGUGACAAGCCAAUCAAUAUUUGCUGUGAUGAAUAAUGUUUAAAAUCUCCUUAAGUACUUCAGCUUGAUCCUCCCUUAUGUCUGAAAACUGAUAUUUUAGUUUAGAAAAUUACAAUCAGCCAAUUUAUCAGUCCAGGCAGACUAAGCAUACACUCUAAGAAUUCAAGGGAUUACAGAAUGUGUGCAGAUCAGAACAGUCUGCAGGUUCACACCUGUGGCUCUGGGUUACUAAUAUACAAGGAGUGGACACAAUAAGUGCAUCUCAUAACCCUUACAUUGCCUCCUCGACUCCUCCACUUGUCCACUUGUGUCCCUUCCUCACAUCUUAGUCCCCCCACCAAGGAAGUACGGGAGAGACGCAAGGAAAUCAUGGGAGGAGAAAGGAACCAAGGAAAUGUGCUUUUAGAGGAAUGAGACUUCCUUUCCUCUGAAGCGUCACAUGAAUUUGUCAGCUGAACAGGCAGAGUUAACAUCUCUUUCAGCUGCACAGCUUCCAGUAAGGCUGCUCUCAUAUAUCCUCACUUAUGGCUCCUUGUGAGCCCUCCUCGAUGCUCGCUCCUCGGGGCAGAAAUGCAAACUUUAACACGGCCUUCCCCGAGGAGGGACAGAACAACUCCUGGUUCAGCCAAGAACUGAGGAGUCGAGAAGGUAUCAAAUAAGGGUAAUGAGAUGCAUAACACCUGUUCAUUCAUGAUCAUUAUCAUGUUUAGUUUUGUGGAUUCAGCUCUGAGGUAAUUUUAAAGCAGUAUUUGUGGAGUUAUUUUGUGCCCAUGCCCUGUAACAUGGAUUGUAUGGUUUUGUCAUGAUAGUUAAAGGAAUGGUUCAACAUUUUGGGAAUUGGAGGGUUAGAUCUAUACCACUCUCAUGUCUGUACACUAAAUAUGAAGAUACUGCCAGCAGCCACUUAGCUUAGCUUAGCACACAGCUCCUAUGGCCAUGAAAUAGUUUGACACAUCAAUUGCGGUAAAACCACAACUUUUGUAUGGAUUAAACAAAUAAGACGUUAUGUUAAAGAUAUGAUGGCAGUUUCCCACCAGUUUCCUUGUCUUUUAGCUGAGCCAAGCUAACUGGCUCCUGGCUGGAGCUUUAUAUUUAGUGUACAGACACAUCCACUACUCGGCAAGAAAGCAAAUACUGAUAAGUGUAUUUCUGAACUAGUGGAACUAUUCCUUAAAUUAAGAGUUUAAGUGUAUGUUAGACACCAAAACACAGAUUUUAAUCUCUAGGGAGUUUGUAUAAAUGCAGUCAAACCAUUGCGAUGUAAUUAGCUGCCACAGUGCAAGAAAACAUUUAAAGGAGCACUUCACC